AUGAUCGCUUUUCGGGCGCGCUCGGGCAGCACAGGGAGCGCCUCCUCCUCCUCAUGGAACACAGGGAGCGACUCCUACUCCUACUCCUCCUCAACCUCAUGGAACAUAGGGAGCGACUCCUACUCCUCCUCAACUUCAUGGAACAUAGGGAGCGACUUCUACUCCUACUUCUCCUCAAUCUCAUGGAACAUGGGAAACGACUCCUACUCCUCCUCAACCCCAUUGAACAUAGGGAGCGACUCCUACUCCUUCUCAACUUCAUGGAACAUAGGGAGUGACUCCUACUCCUCCUCAACCUCAUGGAAUAAAGGGAGCGACUCCUACUCAACCUCAUGGAACAUAGGGAGCGACUCCUACUCCUACUGCUCCUCAACAUCAUUGAACAUAUGGAGCGACUCCUACUCCUCUUCAACCUCAUUGAACAUAGGGAGCGACUCCUACUCCUCCUCAACCCCAUUGAACAUAGGGAGCGACUCCUACUCCUUCUCAACUUCAUGGAACAUAGGGAGUGACUACAACUCCUCCUCUACCUCAUGGAACAUAGGGAGCGACUCCUACUCCUACUCAACCUCAUGGAACAUAGGGAGCGACUCCUACUCCUACUGCUCCUCAACAUCAUUGAAAAUAUGGAGCGACUCCUACUCCUCCUCAACCUCAUUGAACAUAGGGAGCGACUCCUACUCCUCCUCAACCCCAUUGAACAUAGGGAGCGACUCCUACUCCUCCUCAACUUCAUGGAACAUAGGGAGCGACUCCUACUCCUACUCCUCCUCAACCUCAUUGGACAUAGGGAGCGACUCCUACUCCUCCUCAGUCUCAUUAAACAUAGGGAGCGACUCCUACUCCUCCUCAACUUCAUUGAACAUAGGGAGCGACUCCUACUCCUCCUCAACCUCUUGGAACAUAGGGAGCGACUCCUACUCCUACUCCUCCUCAACCUUAUUGACUAUAGGGAGCGACUCCUACUCCUACUCCUCCUCAACCUUAUUGAACAUAGGGAGCGACUCCUACUCCUCCUCAACCUCAUGGAACAUAGGGAGCUACUCCUACUCCUCCUCAACCUCGUGGAACAUAGGGAGCGAAUUCUACUCCUACUCCUCCUCAACCUCAUUGGACAUAGGGAGCGACUCCUACUCAUGUUCCUCCUCAACCCCAUUGAACAUAGGGAGCGACUCCUACUCCUACUCCUCCUCAACCUCAUGGAGCACAGGGAGCGACUCCUUCUCCUACUCCUCCUCAACCUCAUUGAACAUAGGGAGCGACUCCUGCUCCUCCUCAACCCCAUUGAACAUAGGGAGCGACUCCUACUCCUCCUCAACUUCAUGGAACAUAGGGAGCGACUCCUACUCCUACUCCUCCUCAACCUCAUUGGACAUAGGGAGCGACUCCUACUCCUCCUCAGUCUCAUUAAACAUAGGGAGCGACUCCUACUCCUCCUCAACUUCAUUGAACAUAGGGAGCGACUCCUACUCCUCCUCAACCUCUUGGAACAUAGGGAGCGACUCCUACUCCUACUCCUCCUCAACCUUAUUGACUAUAGGGAGCGACUCCUACUCCUACUCCUCCUCAACCUUAUUGAACAUAGGGAGCGACUCCUACUCAUCCUCAACCUCAUGGAACAUAGGGAGCUACUCCUACUCCUCCUCAACCUCGUGGAACAUAGGGAGCGAAUUCUACUCCUACUCCUCCUCAACCUCAUUGGACAUAGGGAGCGACUCCUACUCAUGUUCCUCCUCAACCCCAUUGAACAUAGGGAGCGACUCCUACUCCUACUCCUCCUCAACCUCAUGGAGCACAGGGAGCGACUCCUUCUCCUACUCCUCCUCAACCUCAUUGAACAUAGGGAGCGAAUCCUACUCCUACUCUUCCUCAACCUCAUGGAACACAGGGAGCGACUCCUACUCCUACUCCUCCUCAAUCUCAUGGAACAUAGGGAGCGACUUCUACUCCUACUCCUCCUCAACCUCAUUGAACAUAGGGAGCGACUCGUACUCCUACUCCUCAUCAACCCCAUUGAACAUAGGGAGCGACUCCUACUCCUUCUUCUCCUCAACCUCGUGGAGCGCCGAUAGCGCCCCAGGGAGCGCCGAGAGCACCGCGGGGAGCGCCUGGAGAAAAGACAAUGAUCCUACAUCAUCCGUUCACCAUGAUGAUAUCUGGACACACAGGUGUGUUUUGCUUCCUGCUGCGGCGGCGCUCUCGGCGCUCCUUGCAGCACUCCAGGCGCUCUCUGCCCUUCAUUCUGCUGAUGUAAAUUGUUUUGACUCUGCUCUUUGA